AUGUUUCGUCUCCCGAAUCCGCCCAACUGGACCACCAGCUGCUCACGCGCUUCUGGGUCGCCGAGCGCGGCGUGUCAGAGCUUCUCCCAUGGCCGGCGGCCUGAUGAACCGAAUGAUGGAGCGAGUCCGCAAGCAGAUCGAAACAAUCGAAGACCUAGCCGCCUCCUCCUCAGACCCACCACCACCACCACCAGUAACAGCAGCAACCCAACCCUAAACCUCAAACUCUCCAUCCUCCAAACCGACCUCUCCAGAACCCAAUACCUCCUCCGCUCCAUCCUCCGCCAACGCCUCUCCAAACUCACAAAACACAGCAUGCACUACCUCCUCCGCAUCAGCUCCGCCUCCCAGCAACAAACCCCGGCCGACUCCCAACCCAACGACCAGCAGCAGCCCGAAGACUCCAUCCCCGACCUAACCGCCGUGCAGGACCCCUCGCCGCUGUCGACACAGGAGCUGGGCUUCUUGCGCGCGCACCAGACGCUGCUGGCGGGGCACUUCGGGGCGUCGUUUUUGGGUUCCUUUCCCGCGCAGCUGAGACGGCUCGAUGAUAAUGCCGGCGGCGUGAGUAUGGUGCAGGGCCCGGAUGCCAGGGAGGUCGUUCUCGUGAGGUGUCUGGUCGAGAGGGUCGGCGUUGUUGUGCCGCCGGGCGAUGGCGUCGAGGUUGAGACCGUCGGCGAGGAGAUGCGCAUGGGCGAUGUUUGGGUCGUCAGGUGGGAGGGGGUCAGGGAGGCUUGGGAACGGGGGGAGGUGGAGGUUCUUUGA